CGCUAUGAAGUUGUGUGGAGGUGGCGUAGUGAUGGGCAUCAGACGAUUUCGUAUAAACCACUCUUGUUUUGUCCGCACCGCCAGUCGCAGACACCACUACGUCGCGGCAAGCUUGCUCGUCUAAACAUCAUUGUGAUCGAUACGUGAACAUGACAAUAUCUAAUACAUUACAAGGAUAUUCUGUUGUUAUAUUGUGAAAGUGCUAACGUGUCUUCAAGAGUGUAUUCGGAUUUUUUUUGCGGUUAAGAUGGCGCGUCUAAAUCACUUUGUUCUUGGCAUUCUCAUCUUGCAAAUAUACGUAUAUGCUGCACCAAGUGACGUCAGCAAGAUCGAAGAAAUUGCCAAAGUAGAAGUAGCUGAACCCAACGUAGAGCUAGUUGACCCCUAUGUAAAGCAAGCUGACCCAAAAGUCAAAGAAUCGACCCCUGAAGUAGAAGACGCUGGCCCUAAAGUAGAGGAAUCUGACCCCAAGCUCGAUACAAAAGCAAAAGAAGUGGAAAGUGACAAAAACUCUACUGACACACAGAGACAGAAAAGAUGGUAUAACCCCUAUGGCUUUCCUCCUAUGAACCCGUUAAUAUACCCAAGCUACAAUAAAAGAGAUGAAGGCCAAAAUACUGGAUAUUAUGGAGGCCAGGAUCCAUUGGUGCAGAUACACAGACAAAUCCAAGAAAUAGCUAAUAUUGUAAGACAGCCUCCUCCACCUCCACCACCACUACACCAUAUCCCCAUAUUUUUCCCAGUUUUAUUCAUUCCUCGUGGUGAUUGCAACUGCAACCCAAAUCCUAAUCCUACUCCGGGGCCAGAAACCUCAGACUCUGAUAAAAACGGCACAACACCUUCAAUAACGAAUCGUUGGCCAGUUAUGGAAGACACGAGACAGAACUGGGGAUUCGUUGUGAAUCAAAGUGACAGUGAUUCGGAAGACGGAGUAGAAUUCAGUAGGCCUAUUUCAUUCGAUCCCAUAAGAUUGAACAGACCAAUGAGACCUCAACCACCCGUAGAACAUGGGAGUGUACAAAGCGAUUCAGGUAAAAGAGAGGAUCAGCCUCAAUCAGAGGCCUCGAGACCAGACAAUCCUGCAUUAAGGCCACCUACCAGGCCACCUCCCUCAACCAGGCCUCCACCUUCAAAUAGGCCACAGAAUUCAUCACCUUUUGAUUAUAGACCAACUCCAUUAGCACCUCCAAGUAGAUGUGAUGGUGCCAUUCUUACUUGCUGCCAUCAGGCGCAGGUUGUGUAUGAGUGUUUCGCAAUUCAGGGAUGCCCUGAUCUCUCUGGCUAUGGUUCGCCUUGUGAUCCUAAUUUAAUUUUAACAGUAAUCGAAAGAUUCCAAACGUACUAUGGACAAAGAAAUAAGUAUUAAGUGUUAAGUUAACUGUAAAAGAAAACUACCCAAUCCAAGCUCUCAGCUCAAUAAUUUAUUGUGAUUAUUUAUAAUUGUAACACUCAUUUUGCUCUUUGUUCUAGUUACAAAACUAGUAAAUAAUAAUUACGGUUAUUUCUCGCUUCUCAAGGAAAUGUGAAAAAAAGUAAGCGAUCUUUUAACAAUACUCAGUUUUUGCAAUAAACGGUUGAUUAGUGUACAUUAAACAUAUAUGUUUUUUUUAAUUCUAUUAAUAAUAAGAUAACCAUUGAGGUUUAUAUUUUUUGAUAACUUUUUACCCAUUCAUCAUCAUUAUUUAUUACUGUGUUAAUACGAUUUUACCCACUGUUCAAAUGUAAAUAAAUACUCAAAUAAAUAAUUAUAAAUAUUUAUGAUAAAAGUACAAUAAUAUAAGGACAGUGAUAAUGUUCCUAUGGCCCAUGUAUUAUUAAAACUAAAUACAUGACAAUAAAAAUGAUUCGUCGUAGA